AUGCUCUUGCCGGACACCCCGGAGCCUUGCAAUGCUCUUGCCGGACACCCUGGAGCGUUGCACCGCACUUGUCGGACACUCCGGAGCGUUGCAAUGCUCUUGCCGACCACCGUAGAGCGUUGCAAUGCUCUUGCCGGCCACCCUGGAGUGACACCCCAGAGCUUUGCAGUGCACUUGCCGGACACCCCGGAGCGUUGCAAUGCUCUUGGCGGACACCCUAGAUCGUUGCAAUGCUCUUGCCGGACACCCUGCAGCGUUACAGUGCUCUUGCCGAACACCCCAGAGCGUUGCAAUUCCAUCCCCUUCUCCCAGAUUCCAUCCCCUUCUCCCAUAUUCAAUCCCCUUCUCCGAGAUUCCAUCCCUUUCUCCCAGAUUCCAUCCCCUUCUCCCAGAUUCCAUCCCCUUCUCCCCGAUUCCAUCCCCUUCUCCCAGAAUCCAUCCCCUUCUCCCAGAUUCCAUCCCCUUCUCCCAGAUUCCAUCCCCUUCUCCCAAAUUCCAUCCCCUUCUCCCAGAUUCCAUCCCCUUCUCCCAGAUUCCAUCCCCUUCUCCCAUAUUCCAUCCCCUUCUCCCGGAUUCCAUCGCCUUCUCUCAGAUUCCAUCCCCUUCUCCGUGAUUCCAUCCCCUUCUCCCAGAUUCCAUCCCCUUCUCCCUGAUUCCACCCCCUUCUCCCAGAUUCCAUCCCAUUCUCCCAGAUUCCAUCCCCUUCUCUCUGAUUACAUCCCCUUCUCCCAGAUUCCAUCCCCUUCACCAAGAUUCCAUCCCCUUCUCCCAAAUUCCAUCCCUUUCUCCCAGAUUCCAUCCCCUUCUCCCAGAUCCUAUCCCCUUCUCCCAGAUUCCAUCCCCUUCUCCAAGAUCCCAUUCCCUUCUCCCAGAUUCCAUCCCCUUCUCCCAGAUUCCACCCCCUUCUCCCAGAUUCCAUCUCCUUCUCCCAGAUUCCACCCCCUUCUCCCAGAUUCCAUACCCUUCUCCCAGAUUCCACCCCCUUCUCCCAGAUUCCAUCACCUUCUCCCAGAUUCCAUCCCCUUCUCCCAGAUUCCAUCCCCUUCUCCCCGAUUCCAUCCCCUUCUCCUUGAUUCCAUCCCCUUCUUCCAGAUUCUAUCCCCUUCUCCCAGAUUCCACCCCCUUCUCACUGAUUCCAUCCCCUUCUCCCAGAUUCCAUCCCCUUCCCUCAGAUUCCAUCCCCUUCUCCCCGAUUCCAUCCCCUUCUCCCAGAUUCCAUCCCCUUCUUCCAGAUUCUAUCCCCUUCUCCCAGAUUCCACCCCCUUCUCACUGAUUCCAUCCCCUUCUCCCAGAUUCCAUCCCCUUCUCUUAGAUUCCAUCCCCUUCUCCCCGAUUCCAUCCCCUUCUCCCAGAUUCCAUCCCCUUAUCCCAGAUUCCAUCCCCUUCUCCCAGAUCCCAUCCCCUUCUCCCAGAUUCCAUCCCCUUCUCCCAGAUUCCAUUCCCUUCUCCCAGAUUCCAUCCCCUUCUCCUAGAUUCCAUUCCCAUCUCCCAGAUUCCAUCCGCUUCUCCCAGAUUCCAUCUCCUUCUCCCAGAUUCCAUCCCCUUCUCCCAGAUUCCAUCCCCUUCUCCCAGAUUCCAUCCCUUUCUCCCAGAUUCCAUCCCCUUCUCCUAGAUUCCAUCCCCUUCUCCCAGAUUCCAUCCCCUUCUCCCAGAUUCCAUCCCCUUAUUCCAUCCCCUCUCCCAGAUUCCAUCCCCUUCUCCCAGAUUCCAUCCCCUUCUCCCAGAUUCCAUCCCCUUCUCCCAGAUUCCAUCCCUUUCUCCCAGAUUCCAUCCCCUUCUCCUAGAUUCCAUCCCCUUCUCCCAGAUUCCAUCCCCUUCUCCCAGAUUCCAUCCCCUUCUCCCAGAUUCCAUCCCCUUAUUCCAUCCCCUUCUCCCAUAUUCAAUCCCCUUCUCCGAGAUUCCAUCCCUUUCUCCCAGAUUCCAUCCCCUUCUCCCAGAUUCCAUCCCCUUCUCCCCGAUUCCAUCCCCUUCUCCCAGAAUCCAUCCCCUUCUCCCAGAUUCCAUCCCCUUCUCCCAGAUUCCAUCCCCUUCUUCCAGAUUCUAUCCCCUUCUCCCAGAUUCCACCCCCUUCUCACUGAUUCCAUCCCCUUCUCCCAGAUUCCAUCCCCUUCUCUCAGAUUCCAUCCCCUUCUCCCCGAUUCCAUCCCCUUCUCCCAGAUUCCAUCCCCUUCUUCCAGAUUCUAUCCCCUUCUCCUAGAUUCCACCCCCUUCUCACUGAUUCCAUCCCCUUCUCCCAGAUUCCAUCCCCUUCUCUUAGAUUCCAUCCCCUUCUCCCCGAUUCCAUCCCCUUCUCCCAGAUUCCAUCCCCUUAUCCGAGAUUCCAUCCCCUUCUCCCAGAUCCCAUCCCCUUCUCCCAGAUUCCAUCCCCUUCUCCCAGAUUCCAUUCCCUUCUCCCAGAUUCCAUCCCCUUCUCCUAGAUUCCAUUCCCAUCUCCCAGAUUCCAUCCGCUUCUCCCAAAUUCCAUCUCCUUCUCCCAGAUUCCAUCCCCUUCUCCCAGAUUCCAUCCCCUUCUCCCAGAUUCCAUCCCUUUCUCCCAGAUUCCAUCCCCUUCUCCUAGAUUCCAUCCCCUUCUCCCAGAUUCCAUCCCCUUCUCCCAUAUUCCAUCCCCUUCUUCCAGAUUCUAUUCCAUCCCCUCUCCCCGAUUCCAUCCCCUUCUCCCAGAUUCUAUCCCCUUCUCCCAUAUUCCAUCCCCCUCUCCCAAAUUCCAUCCCCUUCUCCAAGAUUCCAUCUCCUUCUCCCAGAUUCCAUCCCCUUCUCCCUGAUUCCAUCCCCUUCUCCCAGAUUCUAUCCCCUUCUCCCAGAUUCCAUCCCCUUCUCCCAGAUUCCAUCCCCUUCUCCCAGAUUCCAUCCCCUUCUCCCAGAUUCCAUCCCCUUCUCCCCGAUUCCAUCCCCUUCUCCCAGCUUCCAUCCCCUUCUCCCAGAUUCCAUCCCCUUCUCCCAGAUUCCAUCCCCUUCUCCCAGAUCCCAUCCCCUUCUCCAAGAUUCCAUCCCCUUCUCCUAGAUUCCAUUCCCGUCUCCCAGAUUCCAUCCGCUUCUCCCAGAUUCCAUCUCCUUCUCCCAGAUUCCACCCCCUUCUCCCAGAUUCCAUCCCCUUCUCCCAGAUUCCACCCUAUUCUCCCGGAUUCCAUCCCCUUCUCCCAGAUUCCAUCCCCUUCUCCCCGAUUCCAUCCCCUUCUCCCAGAUUCCAUCCCCUUCUCCCAGAUUCCAUCCCCUUCUUCCAGAUUCCAUCCCCUUCUCCCAGAUUUCAUCCCCUUCUCCCAGAUUCCAUCCACUUCUCCCAGAUUCCAUUCUCUUCUCCCAGAUUCCAUCCGCUUCUCCCAGAUUCCAUCUCCUUCUCCGAGAUUCCAUCCCCUUCUCCCUGAUUCCAUCCCCUUCUCCCAGAUUCCAUCCCCUUCUCCCAGAUUCCAUCCCCUUCUCCCAGAUUCCAUCCCCUUCUCCCAGAUUCCAUCCCCUUCUCCCCGAUUCCAUCCCCUUCUCCCAGAUUCCAUCCCCUUCUUCCAGAUUCUAUCCCCUUCUCCCAGAUUCCACCCCCUUCUCACUGAUUCCAUCCCCUUCUCCCAAAUUCCAUCCCCUUCUCUCAGAUUUUAUCCCCUUCUCCCCGAUUCCAUCCCCUUCUCCCAGAUUCCAUCCCCUUCUCCCAGAUUCCAUCCCCUUCUAUCAGAUUCCAUCCCUUUUCCCAGAUUCCAUCCCCUUCUCCCAGAUUCCAUCCCCUUCUCCCAGAGUCCAUCCCCUUCUCCCAGAUUCCAUCCCCUUCUCCCAGAUUCCAUCCCCUUCUCCCAGAUUCCAUCCCCUUCUCCCAGAUUCCAUCCCCUUCUCCCAGAUUCCAUCCCCUUCUCCCAGAUUCCAUCCCCUUCUCCCAGAUUUCAUCCCCUUCUCCCUGAUUCCGUCCCCUUCUCCCAGAUUCCAUCCCCUUCUCCCAGAUUCCAUCCCCUUCUCCAAGAUUCCAUCCCCUUCUCCCAUAUUCCAUCCCCUUCUCCCAGAUUCCAUCCCCUUCUCCCAGAUUCCAUCUCCUUCUCCCAGAUUCCAUCCCCUUCUCCCAGAUUCCAUCCCCUUCUUCCAGAGUCCACCCCCUUCUCCCAGAUUCCAUCCCCUUCUCCCAGAUUCCAUCCCCUUCUCCCAGAUUCCAUCCCCUUCUAUCAGAUUCCAUCCCUUUUCCCAGAUUCCAUCCCCUUCUCCCAGAUUCCAUCCCCUUCUCCCAGAGUCCAUCCCCUUCUCCCAGAUUCCAUCCCCUUCUCCCAGAUUCCAUCCCCUUCUCCCAGAUUCCAUCCCCUUCUCCCAGAUUCCAUCCCCUUCUCCCAGAUUCCAUCCCCUUCUCCCAGAUUCCAUCCCCUUCUCCCAGAUUCAAUCUCCUUCUCCCAGAUUCCAUCCCCUUCUCCCAGAUUCCAUCCCCUUCUCCCAGAUUCCAUCUCCUUCUCCCUGAUUCCAACCCCUUCUCCCAGAUUCCAUCCCCUUCUCCCAGAAUUCCAUCCCCUUCUCCUUGAUUCCAUCCCCUUCUCCCAGAUUCCAUCCCCUUCUCCCAGAUUCCAUCCCCUUCUCCCAGAGUCCAUCCCCUUCUCCCAGAUUCCAUCCCCUUCUCCCAGAUUCCAUCCCCUUCUCCUAGAGUCCACCCCCUUCUCCCAGAUUCCAUCCCCUUCUCCCACAUUUCAUCCCCUUCUCCCUGAUUCCAUCCCCUUCUCCCAGACUCCAUCCCAUUCCAUCCCCUUCUCCCAGAUUCCAUCCCCUUCUCCCAGAUUCCAUCCCCUUCUCCCUCAUUCCAUCCCCUUCUCCCAGAUUCCAUCCCCUUCUCCCAGAUUCCAUCUCCUUCUCCCAGAUUCCAUCCCCUUCUCCCAGAUUCCAUCCCCUUCUCCUAGAGUCCACCCCCUUCUCCCAGAUUCCAAUCCCUUCUCCCAGAUUUCAUCCCCUUCUCCCAGAUUCCAUCCCCUUCUCCCUCAUUCCAUCCCCUUCUCCCCGAUUCCAUCCCCUUCUCCCAGAUUCCAUCCCCUUCUCCUAGAAUUCCAUCCCCUUCUCCCAGAUUCCACCCCCUUCUCCCAGAUUCCAUCCCCUUCUCAUAGAUUCCAUCCCUUUCUCCCAGAUUCCAUCCCCUUCUCCCAGAUCCCAUCCCCUUCUCCCAUAUUCCAUCCCGUUCUCGCAGAUUCCAUCCCCUUCUUCCAGAUUCCAUCCCCUUCUCCCAGAUUCCAUCCCCUUCUCCCAGAUUCCAUCCCCUUCUCCCGGAUUCCACCCCCUUCUCCCAGAUUCCAUCCCCUUCUCCCAGAUUCCAUCCCCUUCUCCCAGAUUCCAUCCUCUUCUGCCAGAUUCCAUCCCCUUCUCCCAGAUUCCAUCCCCUUCUCCCAGAUUCCAUCCCCUUCUCCCAGAUUCCAUCCCCUUCUCCCAGAUUCCAUCCCCUUCUCCCAGAGUCCACCCCCUUCUCCUAGAUUCCAUCCCCUUCUCCCAUAUUUCAUCCCCUUCUCCCUGAUUUCAUCCCCUUCUCCCAGAUUCCAUCCCCUUCUCCUUGAUUCCAUCCCCUUCUCCCAGAUUCCAUCCCCUUCUCCCAGAUUCCAUCCCCUUCUCCCAGAGUCCAUCCCCUUCUCCCAGAUUCCAUCCCCUUCUCCCAGAUUCCACCCCCUUCUCCCAGAUUCCAUCCCCUUCUCCCAGAUUCCAUCCCCUUCUCCCAGAUUCCAUCCCCUUCUCUCAGAUUCCAUCCCCUUCUCCCAGAUUCCAUCCCCUUCUCCCACAUUCCAUCCCCUUCUCCCAGAGUCCAUCCCCUUCUCCCAGAUUCCAUCCCCUUCUCCCAGAUUCCAUCCCCUUCUCCCAUAUUCCAUCCCCUUCUCCCAGAUUCCAUCCCCUUCUCUGAGAUUCCAUCCCCUUUUCCCAGAUUCCAUCCCCUUCUCCCAGAUUCAAUCUCCUUCUCCUAGAUUCCAUCCCCUUCUCCCAGAUUCCAUCCCCUUCUCCCAGAGUCCACCCCCUCCUCCCAUAUUCCAUCCCCUUCUCCCAUAUUCCAUCCCCUUCUCCCAGAUUCCAUCCCCUUCUCCCAGAUUCCAUCCCCUUCUCCCAGAUCCCAUCUCCUUCUCCCUGAUUCCAACCCCUUCUCCCAGAUUCCAUCCCCUUCUCCCAGAGUCCGCCCCCUUCUCCCAGAUUCCAUCCCCUUCUCCCAGAUUUCAUCCCCUUCUCCCUGAUUCCAUCCCCUUCUCCCAGAUUCCAUCCCCUUCUCCCAGAUUCCAUCCCCUUCUCCAAGAUUCCAUCCCCUUCUCCCAUAUUCCAUCCCCUUCUCCCAGAUUCCAUCCCCUUCUCCCAGAUUCCAUCUCCUUCUCCCAGAUUCCAUCCCCUUCUCCCAGAUUCCAUCCCCUUCUCCCAGAGUCCACCCCCUUCUCCCAGAUUCCAUCCCCUUCUCCCAGAUUCCAUCCCCUUCUCCCAGAUUCCAUCCCCUUCUAUCAGAUUCCAUCCCUUUUCCCAGAUUCCAUCCCCUUCUCCCAGAUUCCAUCCCCUUCUCCCAGAGUCCAUCCCCUUCUCCCAGAUUCCAUCCCCUUCUCCCAGAUUCCAUCCCCUUCUCCCAGAUUCCAUCCCCUUCUCCCAGAUUCCAUCCCCUUCUCCCAGAUUCCAUCCCCUUCUCCCAGAUUCCAUCCCCUUCUCCCAGAUUCAAUCUCCUUCUCCCAGAUUCCAUCCCCUUCUCCCAGAUUCCAUCCCCUUCUCCCAGAUUCCAUCUCCUUCUCCCUGAUUCCAACCCCUUCUCCCAGAUUCCAUCCCCUUCUCCCAGAAUUCCAUCCCCUUCUCCUUGAUUCCAUCCCCUUCUCCCAGAUUCCAUCCCCUUCUCCCAGAUUCCAUCCCCUUCUCCCAGAGUCCAUCCCCUUCUCCCAGAUUCCAUCCCCUUCUCCCAGAUUCCAUCCCCUUCUCCUAGAGUCCACCCCCUUCUCCCAGAUUCCAUCCCCUUCUCCCACAUUUCAUCCCCUUCUCCCUGAUUCCAUCCCCUUCUCCCAGACUCCAUCCCAUUCCAUCCCCUUCUCCCAGAUUCCAUCCCCUUCUCCCAGAUUCCAUCCCCUUCUCCCUCAUUCCAUCCCCUUCUCCCAGAUUCCAUCCCCUUCUCCCAGAUUCCAUCUCCUUCUCCCAGAUUCCAUCCCCUUCUCCCAGAUUCCAUCCCCUUCUCCUAGAGUCCACCCCCUUCUCCCAGAUUCCAAUCCCUUCUCCCAGAUUUCAUCCCCUUCUCCCAGAUUCCAUCCCCUUCUCCCUCAUUCCAUCCCCUUCUCCCCGAUUCCAUCCCCUUCUCCCAGAUUCCAUCCCCUUCUCCUAGAAUUCCAUCCCCUUCUCCCAGAUUCCACCCCCUUCUCCCAUAUUCCAUCCCCUUCUCCUAGAUUCCAUCCCUUUCUCCCAGAUUCCAUCCCCUUCUCCCAGAUCCCAUCCCCUUCUCCCAUAUUCCAUCCCGUUCUCGCAGAUUCCAUCCCCUUCUCCCAGAUUCCAUCCCCUUCUCCCAGAUUCCAUCCCCUUCUCCCAGAUUCCAUCCCCUUCUCCCGGAUUCCACCCCCUUCUCCCAGAUUCCAUCCCCUUCUCCCAGAUUCCAUCCCCUUCUCCCAGAUUCCAUCCUCUUCUGCCAGAUUCCAUCCCCUUCUCCCAGAUUCCAUCCCCUUCUCCCAGAUUCCAUCCCCUUCUCCCAGAUUCCAUCCCCUUCUCCCAGAUUCCAUCCCCUUCUCCCAGAUUCCACCCCCUUCUCCCAGAUUCCAUCCCCUUCUCCCAGAUUCCAUCCCCUUCUCCCUCAUUCCAUCCCCUUCUCCCCGAUUCCAUCCCCUUCUCCCAGAUUCCAUCCCCUUCUCCCAUAUUCCAUGCCCUUCUCCCAGAUUCCAUCCCCUUCUCCCAGAUUCCAUCCCCUUCUCCCAGAUUCCAUCCCCUUCUCCCAGAUUCCAUCCCCUUCUCCCUGAUUCCAUCCCCUUCUCCCAGAUUCCAUCCCCUUCUCCCAGAUUCCAUCCCCUUCUCCCAGAUUCCAUCCCCUUCUCCCAGAUUCAAUCCCCUUCUCCCCGAUUCCAUCCCCUUCUCCCAGAUUCCAUCCUCUUCUGCCAGAUUCUAUCCCCUUCUCCCAGAUUCCACCCCCUUCUCAAUGAUUCCAUCCCCUUCUCCCAGAUUCCAUCCCCUUCUCUCAGAUUCCAUCCCCUUCUCCCCGAUUCCAUCCCCUUCUCCCAGAUUCCAUCCCCUUCUCCCAAAUUUCAUCCCCUUCUACCAGAUUCCACCCCCUUCUCCCAGAUUCCAUCCCCUUCUCCCAGAUUCCAUCCCCUUCUCCCAGAGUCCAUCCCCUUCUCCCAGAUUCCAUCCCCUUCUCCCAGAUUCCAUCCCCUUCUCCCAGAUUCCAUCCCCUUCUCCCAGAUUCCAUCCCCUUCUCCCAGAUUCCAUCCCCUUCUCCCAGAUUCCAUCCCCUUCUCCCAGAUUCCAUCCCCUUCUCCCAGAUUCCAUCCCCUUCUCCCAGAUUCCAUCCCCUUCUCCCAGAGUCCACCCCCUCCUCCCAUAUUCCAUCCCCUUCUCCCAGAUUCCAUCCCCUUCUCCCAGAUUCCAUCCCCUUCUCCCAGAUUCCAUCGCCUUCUCCCAGAUUCCAUCUCCUUCUCCCUGAUUCCAACCCCUUCUCCCAGAUUCCAUCCCCUUCUCCCAGAAUUCCAUCCCCUUCUCCCUGAUUCCAUCCCCUUCUCCCAGAUUCCAUCCCCUUCUCCCAGAUUCCAUCCCCUUCUCCCAGAGUCCAUCCCCUUCUCCCAGAUUCCAUCCCCUUCUCCCAGAUUCCAUCCCCUUCUCCUAGAGUCCACCCCCUUCUCCCAGAUUCCAUCCCCUUCUCCCACAUUUCAUCCCCUUCUUCCUGAUUCCAUCCCCUUCUCCCAGACUCCAUCCCAUUCCAUCCCCUUCUCCCAGAUUCCAUCCCCUUCUCCCUCAUUCCAUCCCCUUCUCCCAGAUUCCAUCCCCUUCUCCCAGAUUCCAUCUCCUUCUCCCAGAUUCCAUCCCCUUCUCCCAGAUUCCACCCCCUUCUCCCAUAUUCCAUCCCCUUCUCCUAGAUUCUAUCCCUUUCUCCCAGAUUCCAUCCCCUUCUCCCAGAUCCCAUCCCCUUCUCCCAUAUUCCAUCCCCUUCUCGCAAAUUCCAUCCCCUUCUCCCAGAUUCCAUCCCCUUCUCCCAGAUUCCAUCCCCUUCUCCCAGAUUCCAUCCCCUUCUCCCAGAUUCCACCCCCUUCUCCCAGAUUCCAUCCCCUUCUCCCAGAUUCCAUCCCCUUCUCCCAGAUUCCACCCUCUUCUGCCAGACUCCAUCCCCUUCUCCCAGAUUCCAUCCCCUUCUCCCAGAUUCCAUCCCCUUCUCCCAGAUUCCAUCCCCUUCUCCCAGAUUCCAUCCCCUUCUCCCAGAUUCCACCCCCUUCUCCCAGAUUCCAUCCCCUUCUCCCAGAUUCCAUCCCCUUCUCCCUCAUUCCAUCCCCUUCUCCCCGAUUCCAUCCCCUUCUCCCAGAUUCCAUCCCCUUCUCCCAUAUUCCAUCCCCUUCUCCCAGAUUCCAUCCCCUUCUCCCAGAUUCCAUCCCCUUCUCCCAGAUUCCAUCCCCUUCUCCCAGAUUCCAUCCCCUUCUCCCUGAUUCCAUCCCCUUCUCCCAGAUUCCAUCCCCUUCUCCCAGAUUCCAUCCCCUUCUCCCAGAUUCCAUCCCCUUCUCCCAGAUUCCAUCCCCUUCUCCCCGAUUCCAUCCCCUUCUCCCAGAUUCCAUCCUCUUCUGCCAGAUUCUAUCCCCUUCUCCCAGAUUCCACCCCCUUCUCAAUGAUUCCAUCCCCUCCUCUCAGAUUCCAUCCCCUUCUCCCCGAUUCCAUCCCCUUCUCCCAGAUUCCAUCCCCUUCUCCCAGAUUUCAUCCCCUUCUACCAGAUUCCACCCCCUUCUCCCAGAUUCCAUCCCCUUCUCCCAGAUUCCAUCCCCUUCUCCCAGAUUCUAUCCCCUUCUUCCUGAUCCCAUCCCCUUCUUCCUGAUUCCAUCCCCUUCUCCCAGAAUCCAUCCCCUUCUCCCAGAUUCCAUCCCCUUCUCCGAGAUUCCAUCCCCUUCUCCCCGAUUCCAUCCCCUUCUCCCACAUUCCAUCCCCUUCUCCCAGAUUCCAUCCCCUUCUCCCAGAUUCCAUCCCCUUCUCCCAAAUUUCAUCCCCUUCUACCAGAUUCCACCCCCUUCUCCCAGAUUCCAUCCCCUUCUCCCAGAUUCCAUCCCCUUCUCCCAGAGUCCAUCCCCUUCUCCCAGAUUCCAUCCCCUUCUCCCAGAUUCCAUCCCCUUCUCCCAGAUUCCAUCCCCUUCUCCUAGAUUCCAUCCCCUUCUCCCAGAUUCCAUCCCCUUCUCCCAGAUUCCAUCCCCUUCUCCCAGAUUCCAUCCCCUUCUCCCAGAUUCCAUCCCCUUCUCCCAGAUUCCAUCCCCUUCUCCCAGAGUCCACCCCCUCCUCCCAUAUUCCAUCCCCUUCUCCCAGAUUCCAUCCCCUUCUCCCAGAUUCCAUCCCCUUCUCCCAGAUUCCAUCCCCUUCUCCCAGAUUCCAUCUCCUUCUCCCUGA